AUGAUAACCCAUUUCUCCCCAGCUCAGGUAGAGCUCUGCGAACAGCCGCUGCUGAAGAUUCUGCGCCGGCCCUGGUUCGACGAGAUAUUCAGCCCCGCCAUGGACCCCUCCACCAUCAGCAAUUGCGUACUGCUGCUCGACCUUCCGACAAAAGCCCUCGCCGGCAUCGAUCUGCUGUCCUUCACCACGUCACCCCGUUUCCGCGGCGUCAAGAAUGUCCCGCCGGGCCUGCACUUUGUCUUCGCUGCGGGCCAUGGCGCUCUGUCGGUGAGGCACGGUGCAUGGUUCUACGUCACCCCAGGCAUGGGCUCGCCACAGGUCUUUGUCAAGAAAUGGGACCAGAGAACCGACGACUUGGUCGCCGAGACGUCGCAGACGGAGCUUCUCCAGCACAGGGCGAAUCUCGGAAGCAUGUGGAAAGACGGCCUCACGCCCUACCGGCAAACCGUGCCCGACGGCGAUUCGGGCGCCGAGGAGGGCUGGAGUGAAGACUCGACUGACUGGCGUAAGCUGACUGCACACAUCACCCCAACCAUACUUUCGAGGAUAUGCGGGCUGAAUCCCGACCACUGGAACCUCACAUCGGCAUCGUCGGCCCCGCAGGACCUGGACGACAUUCCGGGACUCGAGACGAGCAAUAGCAUGCUGCACCCGGAAAAGGAGCUGAGGUUUCUGCCCAUCGAUCUGAAGAAGACAUGGAGAGAAGGGGCAACGGGCAGAGAACGGACUGAAGCAGCACAGGAUCGGUCGUGGUUCCUGGGCCAUCUCAUCGACAAGCACUGCCAGGCGGGCGAUGUGCAGGGCAAAGAGAAUGAAAUCCUGGGCGAGCUGCAGUUUGCCUUUCUCAUGGUCCUGACGCUCAACAACAACUCGUGUCUGGAGCAGUGGAAGCGCCUGCUGCGGCUGCUACUCACCUGCCGGCGAGCAGUCAUGCAACGGUCCCGCCUCUUUCUGGAGCUGCUCAAGUGUCUGCGCAUGCAGCUCAGCCAUUGCGCAGAUAUCGAGGGCGAUUUGUUCGACAUGAACGAUGUGGGGGGCGGAUUCUUGCGACCGCUCUUGGGUCAGUUCCGCAAAGCGCUCGACGACUUUGACGGCAAGUGGAAAGCGGACCUGGUGGAUGAGCUGGACGAGUUGCACGAGUACAUGGAGAAGGAGUUUGCAUGGCAGCCACAAGGGUCGUAUCUGAAGCGCGGCAUGGUCGAGCUGGAGGACGGCGAGCGGGUCGAGAUGGAGGUGAAUGGCGCCGACGCAGAGGACGAGGUGGGCGACUAUGCGCCGACCAUUGUUGACCUGACGCCAGAGCAGCAAAGAAUGGUGCAUGGCAGCGAGAGUAGCCCGGCGGCGCAUGCUGACGACGAGUCCGAGGAAGAAGCCGAGCUGGAAGACAUGGACACACGGUACUGA